GGAUAAUAACAGAAUGUCUUGUGGAGUGGUGUGCAUGUUAUCGAAUUUCUGUGUUUGACAGUAAUAAUUUUGUGAACAGACAGUACAACGCCAUUGUGUGUUGCAACAGAAUUCACUCUCAAUUUUAUUAGUACGAAUAAUCAAGUACAAGAUUUGACAAAUUAUCAGUUAUGUCGUUGUUUAAUACUGUUUCUAAGAAAGCGUGUGGGAAUCUGCUAAGGAGUAGAACCACGAGCAUUAGUAACCCUGUCUUGUUCUACCAUCCAAAUGUUCUAGAUCAUUAUGAGAAUCCAAGAAACGUAGGCUCCCUUGAUAAGAAUGAUAAGCAUGUGGGUACAGGUCUAGUAGGUGCUCCAGCUUGUGGUGAUGUCAUGAAGCUCCAGAUCAGAGUAGAUGAGAAUGGUAAAAUCAUUGAUGCCAAAUUCAAGACAUUUGGUUGUGGCUCUGCAAUUGCAUCCAGUUCUUUAGCCACAGAAUGGGUGAAAGGAAAAACUGUUGAGGAAGCAUCAAAGCUGAAGAACACUGACAUAGCAAAGGAGUUGUGUCUGCCACCUGUGAAACUACACUGUUCAAUGUUGGCUGAAGAUGCCAUUAAAGCAGCAUUAUCAGAUUAUAAGAUCAAACAAGAAUCACCGGACAAGGAGCACGACAGCAAGGCAUCUGGAUAAGAUAUGCAUACAUCAUUUUAUUUAUAGUAAUAUGGUAACUUCAUAUAUCACCCUAAAAUAAUAAUAUCAUUAUUCUUAUUUUUUUAAGUACUAAAUUGUAAAUACUGUAUGUUACUCUGGUGUGUAUACAUAAACUAUAAUGUAUUUACUAACACAAUAUAUUUAGUAGAUAUUU